AUGGCGUUUUGAUGACGACGCGAGAAACGAGGACCCCUGCCCUUACUGGAAAGGCUAACCCCAACCCCUCCUGCAGCCACCUAGACAUACCAGCCUGGCAAGGUGGGUCUGCCUUUUUUCUCCCUCUUUAACGAGCCAUGUCGUCUUUCCUUUUUCACCAUUUCACAUCGGAGAGGAACAUGCAGUAUUGCACGGUACUUGGCUGCGUGUCAUGUCGUGAGAAAUGCCGUACCGAAGGAGAGGAAGUGUAUUGUGGCUCUGCCUGCCUGUAGGCGAUUAGUGUUUACUGCCGUAGUUCCGCAUUCAGCGACUCUCGCCUCGGCUAGCUGUGCUUUCCCAAUGUGCUGCGGUGGUCUUACAUUUUCUAACAAGAUCAUGUCUUUUUGUCUCUUUCGUCAGACGGUAAGAAUGCAUCACCUUUUCCUAGAAACGGAUACUUUUCCAGCACAUGAAAGUCACCUCAAUGAAAAACAUCAAGGGCAGGAGAUGGAGCUCUCAAAUUAUGCCAGUCAACUGCUGCUGCAGCUCAACCAGCAACGCUCCAAGGGUUUCCUCUGUGACGUCGUCAUUAUGGUGGAGAACACACUCUUUCGGGCGCACAAGAGCGUCCUUGCCGCCACAAGCAGCUACUUCAAGUCCCUGGUCCUUCAUGACAACCUCAUCCACCUUGACUCUGAGCUGGUGGAUCCAGACGUGUUCCAAACGAUUCUGGACUUCAUUUAUACUGGCAGGUUGUCUGAUGAGAGUCAGGGAACUGAGCGUGUGUGGAAUUUGAGCACCCUUCUUACUGUAGCUAACUACCUGCAGCUCCAUGACCUCGCCAGUCUGUGUUCCAGCAAGCUUGAGCCCAGUGGGUCGGCCACUGGCAAGAGCUCCUUACGUACGCAUCAGCCUUUUUCACCCACCUCAAAAACCUUGCCCAAACGAGAGGCUGAAGACACUUCAUCUGACAUUGAAGCAUAUGCGAGCAUGGUCCCUCCGAAGAAGAGGAACAAUGGUGAGAAUAAGUGUAUCUCCAAUAACAAGCAGAGCUUUGGACUGGAUUUGACCAAGAAGAGUACUCCAUUUUGUUCUGUUGUUUCUCUGAGCAAUGAGGUCAGCAAAGGCUACUCUCAGUCCUCUGUUUCCAGGGCAACUGCCAACAGCCUCCCAUCAGGUGUGGAGGAGAAGAGGUCUCCAGAGAAGGCCAGUGGCCUGGUCUCUUUCAAUGGAGCUCAGGAAUGGAGAAGAACCCCUCCCAGGGAGCGCUCCAGGCGGAAAGGCAACGUCAAUGGUUAUUUCCCUGUUAUCAAGAGUGGGAGUCACAUAAGCCAAAACCUUGUCUUCAAAUCAGAAUCACCUGAUGAUAAAGAGAGCCAUUGUGAAGAGAAUGGCAGAGACCAGCCAGAGAAUGGAGAAUCUAGUGAUACGAGCCCUAACUUUGUCUAUCGGCAGGAGUCCUACCUCAAACAACCUCGGGGGGACUACCCGUAUGUCUGUAUUCCUUGUGGAAAGGGUUUCCCGUCCUCAGAAAGCCUCAACUCCCAUGUGGAAUCCCACAUUGAUGUAGACAUGGAGGGCACCAAGGAAGCAGAGGAAGGUGAUGAAGAUCCUGCUGUCACAGUGCUACAAGAAGCCCCAGGCACCACCAAAAAAAAACCUCUGAAGUCCCACAAAGAGCUGGACGCCUUACGGCCAUUCCCUUGCAACAUCUGCGGUAAAAUGUUCACCCAGCGUGGCACCAUGACGCGCCACAUGCGCAGUCACCUGGGCCUGAAGCCUUUUGCCUGCGAAGAGUGUGGCAUGCGCUUCACACGGCAGUACCGCCUCACGGAGCACAUGCGAGUCCAUUCGGGAGAGAAGCCCUAUGAGUGUCAAAUCUGUGGGGGCAAGUUUACACAACAGAGAAACCUCAUUAGCCACAUGCGAAUGCAUACCUCGCCAACUUAGACCAGGCUUGAGAGGAUACACUUAGGUUAGAAUUCAAAUAGCUUAAGCCUCUCAAAUAAGCAUAUUGGUCUAAUUAAUAAAAUGACAUUACCUCAUAUAGUUACAGUACGUUUUCUUUAUAUAUAAACUACAGAAUGUUCCUUGUGGUACCAGUUACUUUGAAAGAGUGAAUGUUAUUGCUGAGUCUUUUAUGGUUAAAAUGCAGAACUUUGCGCUUUAUCUGGAGAAAACAAAAACUCUUGUUUACUUGAAUACGCUUGCAAACGUUGCUACCUCAGUUCUGACCUCCCAAACCCAUAAAUGCUAGCCCUUUGAGAUUAUGUUCACCUACAGCUAUUCUUCUAUAAGAAACACGAUUAUCCUUUUAUUAAUUGCUCCAAUACCUCAGCAAAGCCUAGCGUCUUAUAGAAAUCCAAAACAAACUAUAGUGAUUGGCUCAAUAAAUUAAAAUACACUGCCUACAUCACAUUGAGAGGAAUAGAGUGAAAACCAAUGUAAGGUUUGUAAUGAACAAGGAUCGUUAUCUGAUAAGAAUUAGUGGAACAAGCGUUAGUUUCAAAGAGCAUUUAGGCAUGUCUGAUGUACAGUUCCAAAGAAUUAAUGAAUGUUGAAAGAUAAUGAAAUACUGUAUUACUAUAACCAAAUCUAUAUUCUUACAAUAUACGUAUUUAAGUGUAAGUCUAAUUUAUGUGUUUCUUCACAGUUGUUUGUUAGCCCCUCUUCCUUUUGCCUUCCCCUCACCUCCACCGUUGGCUUAAUUCAGUGUAAGACAUUGUCAUUUUUCAGGUUUUCCCUCUGCAUAAAACAUUACAUUUAUACAGCUAUUGUUGAUAUGAGACCAAAAGGACUGUUGGUGAAUUAUUGUAAAUAUUUCUUUUGAAUAUCUUGCUUGGUUGCUCACUGAUUCCAGGGUUUUGGUGGUUAUUGCAUGAACUGUUUAGUUCAUAAUCCUUGGUUGCUCCUGUCGACGGGUCAGUGAAAACGCUGUGGUUUUUGUUGAGUGUAAAAUGAUUUGGGAUGAUGCUGAUACCUUCAUGUUUUUGGAUGUUUAAAUAUGAAUCUUAUUUUACUUUAUUGUUCCAUUCCAACAAGCUGUGCUUAGCUGUAACUUUUCAGCUACCUCAUGUCUUUCAGGGUAUUUACCCACUGUUUAAGCAAGGUACCACCUGAACUCUGCACCAGGCCAAUAGAAAUGCUGUUGUAAUGCAGUUUCAGCAGAGCUUCAGACAACAAAUGGCUUAAAUUGCCUUGCUAUUGCAUUGUUUCUUUUUUUUCUUUGGUUUUCUUUUUUUUUUUUUCCCUCCCAGCCCAAAAUGAGUUUACACACAAGUUGUUAUCUGUGACACUGUCUGUACCACAAUGGAAUGUUGAAAUAUGCAGGAACUUUACAAUUUAUGAUGGACUUGAAACCGAUCUGCAAAACUGUGACAACACUUGGACUUUUUCCUCUGGAAACCUCAGGGAUUGUUUUUUUUUUUUUUUUUUUUUUUUAUUUUGUUGUUUGUUUUUUGGGGAGAGGAGGGGGCGUUUCUGCCCUUUUAUACCACAAAGCGCCAAUUGCCGAUAUUUUUGCAGCUAUAUUUGUCACUAUUUGAGCACUACUUUCACACUAAAAUAGUCUGAAGCAUUCUGUAUAACCAAACCCAACUGCCUUCAUAAGGCACGGCAGCUCGAUUCUAUAGUCUACUUUCCUCUUGCAAUAUAUUUUAGUAAAUGAUCGUGUUAACAUGAAUUUCAUAUGCAUUUGGAAAGAAUAUCAAAUUCCGUUGUUCAAAGAGUAUGGAUUAUGAUCUGUUGAAUACCAAAGCACAUUUUCUCAGAAAUGGAUGGAUACAUAUGAAUGACUAUGUACUUGACAUGAUACUUAUAAUUAAAUGCUGAUAAAGUUCUGUACCUGCA